AUGCCAGCCAAGAUUUAUCGGUCACCAUUUCCCAAUCUUGAGAUCGAAUCCAUCGAUUUACUUUCUUACCUUUUCUCAAAUCCUGAAAAUACACCUCUGGACCGCCCCUUGUACAUCGAUGCACUGUCAGAGAAACACUACACGUUCGGGGAUGUCAUUCAACGGACCAAGUCCUUGUCCAACGGCCUGAAGCAGGCGGGGAUUCUCGCCCCGACCAGCGCCGCCUUGACGGCGCCGGAGCUGAAUGCUCAACUCAUAACGAGCAGGGCGCGCUUGAUCAUUGCCCACUCUUCGUUGCUCGCAAUAGCCCAGAAGGCAGUGGAAGGUACCUUCGUUGAGAAGGUUAUCCUUCUAGAUGGUGCCUCACCUAUCAAUGGCCAGCCCACUUGCGAGUAUCUUGGCAGCACGUUCGCUCCCGUACCCCUCGCAGCUAUUCAACCUUCGGAGGCUGCCAAGAAAAUUGCAUUUAUUUGCUUUUCUUCGGGCACAUCCGGUCCAUCCAAGGGUGUCAUCACCACGCAUCAAAAUCUCACAUCGAACUUGCAACAAUGGCGCGCUCAUAUGUUGGACAGCGGCCUGCCCUCGCAGCGGGUUCAGAGACGUACCGCAAUCGCUUUCUUGCCAUUCAGUCACAUCUACGGCCUCAAUCUUUUCAUGUGCCAAUGUUUAGUUUGGGGGACUUCGGUAGUUGUUAUGCCGAAGUUUGAUCUGGACACCUAUCUCGGCUGCGUUCAGAAAUACCGACCGGACGAACUUGCAUUGGUGCCACCAAUUGCACUCAUGAUCGUGAAGGAUGAGCGUACAUCCAAAUAUGAUCUGACAAGUGUUAAGCGAAUCAUGUCUGCGGCAGCACCUCUUACAAAUGAGCUUGCCUCUGCUUUGGAGGCGAAGUUUCGAAAGGUGUGGAAAACUGAGGUCUUCUGUACCCAGUCCUGGGGUCUUACAGAGACCUCGCCGAUGGCUACUGCGAUUCCGAAUGAUCGCAUGGAUAAGAGGGAUUCAGGAGUCGGUUGUAUCACCUACAACAUGGAAUUUCGCUUCGUUGACCCCGAUACAAUGGAAGAUGCUGCUAUAAAUCCAGACGGGUCCACAAAACCCGCUGAGAUCUGGUGUCGUGGUCCCAAUGUGACUCAAGGCUAUUAUAAUAACGAGGAGGCAACCAACAGCGCUUUCUACGUUGAUACUGAUGGGACUAGGUGGUUCCGAACCGGUGACAUCGCAACUAUGGACAAGGAGGGCUAUAUUGCCAUCCAAGAUCGUAUUAAGGAGAUGAUAAAAUACAAGGGAUUGCAAGUCAUUCCUAGCGAGCUGGAAGGCAAGCUGAUCGACCACCCUGAUAUUGAAGAUGCAGGCGUUGUUGGAGUAUGGGUGGAGGAUCGAGCGACCGAGCUUCCUUUGGCCUUUGUUGUUCUGAGUCGCCAGGCAAAGGGUCGAGAUCUCAAAACGGUUUUAGACGGGGUUCAUUCGUGGCUGAACACGAAGAUCGCCAACCAUAAACGAUUGCGCGGCGGUAUCCGUGUUGUCGACCAGAUUCCAAAGAGCCCUAGUGGGAAGAUUUUGCGACGACAGCUCAAGGAACUUCUCAAAAACACUAAGCCUAUGGCUAAACUCUGA